UCUCUCUCAGUGUGAGUGCAGGCAAAUGGCAGAGGCCAGCAUUUCAGUAGAUUUUUCUGUGCAUCAGCUCAGCUGUCCAGUGUGUCUGGAUCUCCUGAAUGAUCCAGUGACUACUCCCUGUGGUCACAGUUUCUGUAAGGUGUGUAUUAAUGGCUGCUGGUUCCAGGAGGAUGAAAAGGGCGUCUACAGCUGUCCUCAGUGUAAAGAGACUUUCACUCCAAGGCCUGUUCUAUGCAGGAACAACAUGCUAACUGAAGUGGUGGAGAAACUGAAGAAGACUGAACUCCAAGCUGCUUCUCCUGCUCACUGUUAUGCUGGACCUGGAGAUGUGGAGUGUGAUUUCUGUACUGGGAGAAAACACAAAGCCGUCAAGUCCUGUCUGGUUUGUCAGGCCUCCUUUUGUGAAGAUCAUCUUAAACCUCACUAUCAGUCUCCUGCCUUUAAGAAGCACAAGUUAGUUGAAGCCUGUGCAGAGCUCCAAGAGAAGAUCUGCUCUGAACAUGACAAACUGAUGGAGAUCUACUGUCGUACUGACCAAAGCCUCAUCUGUUACUUGUGUAUGAUGGAAGAACACAAAGGUCAUGAUACAGUUUCAACUGAAACAGAAAGAACUGAAAAACAGAAUAAGCUAAAGGAAGAGCAGAUUAAAUCCCAGCAGAGGAUCCAGGAGAAGCAGAAGAAGAUGCAGGAGCUGAAACAGACUGUGGACAUUAUUAAGAUGCGUUCACAGGCAGCAGUAGAUGACAGUGAGAGGAUCUUUACUGAGAUGAUCAGCUCCAUGGAGAAAAAGCGCUCGGAGGUGACGCAGCUGAUCAGAGCUCAGGAGAAAGCUGACCUGAGUCGAGCUGAACGACUCCUGAAUCAACUGGAGCAGGAGAUUGCUGAUCUUAAGAGGAGAAUCACUGAGCUGGAGCAGCUUUCACACACACACGAUGACAUCCACUUCCUCCAGAGUUUCCCGUCUCUCUGUGUUUCUCCUGGAUGUGACGACUCACUCAGCUUCACUGUCAAUCAACAUCUCACAUUUGAUGGAGUGAGGAAAUCUCUCUCAGAUCUUAAAAAAAGGGUCGAACAAAUCUGUGAGGAGGAAUUCAACAAAAUCAGACCAGAAGCAGUUCAAAUGAUUUUACCUUCAGAACCAAAGAACAGAGAAGAUUUUCUGCAGUAUUUCUGUUAUCUGACUCUGGACCCAAACACAGUACAUCAUCGACUCAUUCUGUCUGAGAAGAACAGAGUGGUGACACGGAGUGAGACACGACAGCGAUACUCUGAUCAUCCAGAGAGAUUUGACUCUUGGAUUCAGGUGUUGUGUAAGGAGAGUGUGUGUGGACGCUGUUACUGGGAGGUGGAGAGGAGCGGUGAUGUGGAUAUAUCAGUGUCAUAUAAAGAGAUCAGCAGAAAAGGACUGGGUAAUGAGUGUGUGUUUGGAUUCAACAGUCAGUCCUGGAGUCUGCAGUGUUCUUCUUCCUUUGUGUUUUUCUGUCACAACGAUAUUCAAACUGAGCUCCGUGGUCCAUCAUCCUCCAGAAUAGGAGUGUAUGUGGAUCACAGUGCAGGAACUCUGUCCUUCUACAGCGUCUCUGACACCAUGAGGCUCCUCCACAGAGUCCACACCACAUUCACUCACCCUCUAUAUGCUGGAGUCUGGAUGUGGAGUAAUAACUCAGCUGUGAGGUUUUGUGAUCCAAAAUCUCUCUCUCUCUCUCUCUCUCUCUCUCUCUCUCUCUCUCUCUCUCUCUCUCUCUCACCCCCCCCCCUCCUCUCUCUCUCUCGUUCGUGCACUAAAAUGGCAAAAGCCAGUAUUUCUGUAGAUCAGGAUCAGUUCAGCUGUCCAGUUUGUCUGGAUCUUAUGAAAGAUCCAGUGACUAUUCCCUGUGGUCACAGUUUCUGUAACGUGUGUAUUAAUGGCUGCUGGGAUCUGGAGGACAUAAAGGGAGUCUACAGCUGUCCUCAGUGUAGAGAGACUUUCACUCCAAGGCCUGUUCUAUGCAGGAACAACAUGCUUGCUGAAGUGGUGGAGAAACUGAAGAAGACUGGACUCCAAGCUGCUUCUCCUGCUCACUGUUACGCUGGACCUGGAGAUGUGGAGUGUGAUUUCUGCACCGGGAGAAAACACAAAGCUGUCAAGUCCUGUCUGGUUUGUCAGGCCUCCUAUUGUGAAGAUCAUCUUAAACCUCACUAUCAGUCUCCUGCCUUUAAGAAGCACAAGUUAGUUGAAGCCUGUGCAGAGCUCCAAGAGAAGAUCUGCUCUGAACAUGACAAACUGAUGGAGAUCUACUGUCGUACUGACCAAAGCUUCAUCUGUUACUUGUGUACGAUGGAAGAACACAAAGGUCAUGAUACAGUUUCAGCUAAAACAGAAAGAUCUGAAAAACAGAAUGAGGUAAAAGAAGAGCAUAUGAAAUCCCAGCAGAGGAUCCAGGACAAGCAGAAGAAGGUGCAGGAGCUGAAACAGACAUUGGACAUUAUUAAGAUGCGUUCACAGGCAGCAGUAGAUGACAGUGAGAUGAUCUUUACUGAACUGAUCAGCUCCAUGGAGAAAAAGCGCUCGGAGGUGAUGGAGCUGAUCAGAGCUCAGGAGAAAGCUGAAGUGAGUCGAGCUGAACGACUCCUGAAUCAACUGGAGCAGGAGAUUGCGGAACUUAAGAGGAGAGUCACUGAGCUGGAGCAGCUUUCACACACACACGAUGACAUCCACUUCCUCCAGAGUUUCCCGUCUCUCUGUGUUUCUCCUGGAUGUGACGACUCACCCAGCUUCACUGUCAAUCAACAUGUCUCAUUUGAUAAAGUGAUGAAAUCUCUCUCAGGACUGAAAAUACAAGUCCAGGAAAUCUAUGAGGAGAAAUUCAACAAAAUCCAACCACAAGCUGCAGCUGUUCGGGUGAUCUUACCCUCAGUUCUAAAAAGCAGAGAAGAUUUUUUGCUGUAUUUCUGUUAUCUGACUCUGAAUCCCAACACAGCAAAUCGUCAACUCAUUCUAUCUGAGAAGAACAGAGUGGUGACACGCAAUAGAACACGUCAGCGAUACUCUGAUCAUCCAGAGAGAUUUGACUCCUGGAUUCAGGUGUUGUGUAAAGAGAGUGUGUGUGGACGCUGUUACUGGGAGGUGGAGAGGAGCAAUGACAUAGAAAUAUCAGUCUCCUAUAAAGAGAUCAACAGAAAAGGACGGGGUUAUGAGAGUUUGUUUGGGCGCAAUAGUCAGUCCUGGAGUCUGGAGUGUUCUUCUCCCUCUGUCUUUUUCUGGCACAACAACAUUAAGACUGAGAUCCGAGGUCCAUCAUCCUCCAGAAUAGGAGUGUAUGUGGAUCACAGUGCAGGAACUCUGUCCCUCUACAGCGUCUCUGACACCAUGAGGCUCCUCCACAGAAUCCACACCACAUUCACUCAGCCUCUAUACGCUGGAUUCUGGCUCAUUCGCUGUAACUCAGUUGUGAAGUUAUGUGAUCCAACUGAAAUGUAAAAAAAAAUAUUUUUCCUUAACCAGUUUUUGAUCAAGGGCAUGCUUUAAAAAAGUUCAUGCAAAGCAGAAUGUGAAAAAAAUCUAUAAUUAAAAUAAGCAUUAACAAAAAAUUUUUCUUCAAUAACUAUAAACAAACUACAAAUACAUACAAAUAUAUAUCAAUAGCCUAAGCUCAGGAAUUGUUUUAGGAUUCGAGUCUGGACUGUCUCAAGGCACAAAUCUGAGGAAGAGACCCAGACCCUCUGCAGCUUUGUAGGUGUCACAUUAGCCUCCAUAAUUCUUAAAAGUUUUUUGAAACCAUCCAGAUACUUAAAGCAGAGACAAAAGUCCAAACCAUACAUCCAUCUUCUGCAAUUCUUUCAUGCCAAACUGUUCCCUCUGGUCUAAUGAAACUAAAAUGAUCUUUGGUCAAAAUGACAAGCAUUCAGUCUGUAACAAACUAGGCAUGCUCAUCAGAUGGACAAAUCCAACUCUCCUGUGAAACCUGGUGGUGGCAGUAUCAUGUUUAGAGAAGUUUUUCAGCUGCAUGAGAUACACAUGAGACACAUCAUUAUUGUAGGAACUAAUCAAAGUUAUUUGAAGAAAUGUGUACACCAAAUUUUGCUUUCAACAUGACAAUGACCUGAAACACAUGUUAAGUGUUAAGAUACGUGUAACUGCUUUUGAGUGGUUCACCCGGCUUCACUGUCAAUCAACAUCUCUCAUUUGAUGUAGUGAGGAAAUCUCUCAGAUCUGAAAAAAAAAAAUCAAAAAUUUGUGAGGACUAAAUCAACAAAAUCGGACCACAAGGUGAACAAACAAACAUUGUUUCUGUAUCACAGUAAAAAGAGCCAAAUUUUCAUCUAACAGAAAUAAGAAGUAAGCAGGACCAAGACUGCAGAAAAUCACACAGUAUUAGCAUCAGUCUUGUAAAUGACAUCAAGAUCAAUUUAACAGACAAAGUACAAAUGUAGGAGCUAUUUGUGUAUUUUUGUUUGUGUAAUGUUAAAAGUUUGUUUAUUUGUAUAGUUUAUUUUUUGGUCUUUUGUGUUAAUUUAUGUUAAUUAGAAUAUGUUUACUUUUCUUAGUAUUCUUCUUAUUGGAUUACUAACAGUAUUUCUUUUCUAUUGGGUUAGGACAUGUGCACCUAGGGGAUAAAAGGGGUUCAGUUGUGGCAACCCAGUAUGCACCUGGGUGGGCCUAUGGUUUUUUACUAGUUUGUCAAGCCAGUUGGGCACAAGGAGCAGGAGAUGCAAAAUUUUUUGUUUGCCUGAAAACCCUUUAAUAAAGCUCAUCAAACGCA